AGGCCUCCUCGUGUUUUCUUCUGCCAAUUCUCGGAGUCCCUCCCUUCUAGCUCUCGCAGUAAUGGCCGAAUCAACGAUGAACCGAACAGGAAAUGUACGAAAUGAAGAAGAAGAUGAAGAAGAGGAUUACAUGGGAGACCUCUCUCAAUUCCUUCCUCCUGAAACCUCCAACUCUUCUAAAUUCUCUGCCAAAAAGAUUACGAGCAACAAAACCUCAGCGGUUCAACCAUCCAAGAAGAAGUUUAAAACUCUCAGCUGGCAGGAAAGGCGAAGACUUGAAAGAGAGAGAAGUCAACAAGAAGAGGAUGAGCAAACCUUAGCAAAAAUAGAGGCUCCAAUUCCACAAUCUAACAUUGGGUUUAAGUUGUUACAGCAAAUGGGUUAUAACCCUGGUUCAGCUCUUGGUAAGGAGGGCUCAGGAAGAGCUGAGCCAGUGGGGAUUGAGAUUCGACGGACACGAGUUGGGAUUGGAAGGGAGGAUCCUCAUAAGGAAAAAAGGAAGAGAGAGAAGGUUGAGGCUGAGAUGAAGACAAGGAAUGAAGAGGCUUUGAUGGCAGAUUUCGGAUCUAGGCAGAAGUCGCAAUGGCGGAGUAGGAGGGUCGUAGUAAAUUUCAGAAAAGCAAAAGCAGCCCUUGACCAAUUGGAGAACAAAGAAAUUGUGGAGACAAAAAAGAAUGAGGAGGAAGAGGAGGAGGAGGAAGAGGAAGAGGAGGAGGAAGAGAUAACUGAGGAGGAUUUGCAAGAAAUAUUGAUGAAGCUGAGAGAUGAACAUAGAUACUGCCUGUUUUGUGGAUUUCAGUACGAAACAAUGGAAGCGCUUCUAUCGAACUGCCCGGGAACAGAUGAAGAUGACCACUAGACUAGUUUUCGCCUGUCCAUGGAGCCUCUGAGAUGCAAACUCGAUGAUGAGAUUUGGAAGUUAGGUGGAUGAACUUCUCUUCCAUUUUCUCAUAUGCGCAAUUGGGUGGAAUUGUCUGAUUUGCUGCUUUCUGGAGAGGAUGAGAAGAAAAAGUAGAAAAAUGGCAGGCCGUUUUCAUCUGAUAUCACUUGUUGCUGUAGGGAGUUGCAUCCAUGGUAGUUCAUGUAAACGAUUCUUAUAGGCUUUGCUUUGCUGGCGGAUAGACAGCUGCAUAUUUGUACUCUUACAAUAUGCUCAAGAUUAGUAAUUAGAUAAUAUGGAGGUAAAUAUUUCUGGUUGCAA